UGAAUGCGCGAGACAGGUUCAGUGAUUGGCUGGCUGAUCCAUAACCCACGAGCCACGACAACGUCACUUCCUUUUUCCUUCGGCCAUUUUCCUCCCUUGUAGGGAAAUAGGCAGUCAUGGCCCCCAGCCGGAAUGGAAUGAUCCUGAAUCCCCACUUCCACAAAGACUGGCAAAAAAGAGUGCGCACAUGGUUCAACCAGCCAGCUAGAAAGAUCCGCAGGCGAAAGGCCCGUCAGGCUAAGGCUCGGCGUAUUGCCCCCCGUCCUGUUGCUGGACCUCUGAGGCCUCAGGUUAGAUGUCCUACAGUCAGAUAUCACACCAAGGUUCGCGCUGGACGUGGGUUCACUCUCGAGGAGCUCAAGGCGGCUGGCAUCCACAAAAAGACUGCCCGCACCAUUGGCAUUGCUGUUGACCCUCGCCGCCGUAACAGAUCCACAGAAUCUCUUCAGGCCAAUGUGCAGCGUCUGAAGGAGUACCGCUCCAAGCUCAUCUUGUUCCCCAGGAAGGCUACUGCUCCUAAGAAGGGAGACAGCACUGAGGAGGAACUUAAAAUGGCCACUCAACUUUCUGGUCCAGUUAUGCCCAUUAAAAUGAUGCACAAGAAAGAGAAGGCCCGCAUUAUCUCGGAAGAUGAGAAGAACUUCAAGGCUUUUGCCAGCCUGCGUAUGGCUCGUGCCAAUGCACGUCUAUUUGGUAUUCGUGCAAAGAGAGCAAAGGAAGCUGCAGAGCAGGAUGUGGAGAAAAAGAAGUGAAAAUGAUCAUAAAACUUUGCAAAAUAAAUUGUUAAAAUAUCUUA